AGCUGGACAAAAACAGUGCUCAGAGUGCUGAUAACUCCUAGCCUCUGGGGAUUUGAUGUAUAUCUUACACAAUUACACAAGGAGUAACUUGUGCCAAUACUGCAGCUGUUAGACACUUAAACACACUUUUCCAUCUCACUUUUGUUGCUGCAGGAACGGUGCCUUCCCUCAGCUUCGUAUUCAGAAUCCUGCUGCUUAUUGUUCCCACAGAAAUACAUUAAUUUUCAUCCAGGAGUCUCUCUCUGUUUUUUCCCAAAAAAACAAUCAUCCCCUCAUCAUCUGCGCCUUGCGAGAAAAGCAUGGCACAGUGCCUUGUUUCCCUCCAUAAACAUACACUCCACACACACACACACACACACACACACUCAUGCAUACACAACUACGACCUUCCUAGGGAGCGUGCAAACCAUUCACCCCCAUCUCUCUCUCUCUCUCUCUCUCCCUCCCUCCCUCACACACACACACACACACAUUUGAAAAAGCCUCUCACAUUCCCACAAACGUAGAGGCGCUUUGGAGGAAUUGGAUGGAGCUGCCGUCUCUCCCUGGCUCAGAGGAAUAAAAACACGCUUUACUCGUUGGUGUGCACAGCUCACCGUUUUUCUUAAAACGCAACAGCUUGCCGCUGAGAUUUUCAAUCUUUCCCCCCAUUUUUUCUUGACGUGAAACCAAGUUUUUAGACGCGAAAAUCGGUUUAUCGAGUGAGUUUUACGCAUUCAGACAACCAGAAGGGACAUCGCGAGCGGCUUUUGUAGUCUCUUUUCCAGUCAAACAAGGGUUUUUUUUUUCUGCUGGGGAAUUACAAGCUGAGCAUUUACCACUUUAAAUAGGCGGGAUGUGUUAAAGGAUUUUCCCUCAGUCGUAAUUAGGAGCGUGUUUCACCGCCUUCAUUGUCCUGAGCGCACAUACUCUCCAUAUGGCGUAAAACGUGUUCCGCGCUGAACAAAGUCGUCUAAAGAGACUCAGCGAAGCCAAAGAACCUGUAGUAAAGCCAAUAUAGCGUCUCCAUUAAAGACUUUGGAUGUAGUAAAGACUGUGCUGCUGUUUCAAAAGCCCUGCAUGGGAGCUGGGAACUGUCUCCUGUCAUUUUACAUUUUCUCCGGCGUGGCAUUUCACUGGAAGUAGCCUUCAAAGUGGAUGAUGGCUUUUUACUUUCCCCCAUGUUACAGCCUAAUCUCCCUCCAUGCCUAAUGGCACAUUGAAAGUGAAAACUCGGCUUUUGUGAAGGUUAAGAAUGACUGCAGCAGCAGGUGUGCUAACAGGCUUGGCCAAGCUAAAACGCCAAGACUCCUCCCGCUCUCAGCACCGACCCAUACCACCGUCCCCAGGCCUGGGAAACCCUGGCCCAGAGGCUGCCCCCAGAAAGAGAAAGCGACGCACUGAUGUUGUGGUGGUGCGCGGCAGGCUCCGCCUCUACUCUGCCUCUGGGUUUUUCCUCCUCCUGGGACUGGUCAUCUUAGCCAUAGGGAUCGGCAUGGCGACACUGGGUUACUGGCCACACAGUGAAACCAUGCCAUUGGCCAAAUCAACAACUGGAGGAGGAUCUGCUGGAGGAGCCAAAACAUCUUCCACGGGUGAAGGAAAUGGAGCUAAGGUGUCCGUUAUGGAUGGGGAUGUGGCCAACUCCAGCGCAAGUCAUAGCGUGCAAGGUACGCCCUCCAAGCACACCAGGGGCGCCCUGACGCGGUUCCUAGAACAGCACCGUCACUCUGAGCGGAUGAAGAUGUUCGGGCCUUUCACCAUGGGCAUUGGGAUUUUUAUCUUUAUCUGUGCUAAUGCCAUACUUCAUGAAAACAGAGACAGAGAAACAAAGAUAAUCCAUAUGAGAGACAUGUACUCCACAGUCAUUGACAUCCAUCGCCUCAGGCAGAGAGAGCAGAAACAACACCAUCACCGCAACAGCGCCUAUGCAAGAGAGGUCAGUGACCUUCGAGCCUUUGGAGCUGAUAACGCUGCACGGCUAGGCAGCAACUCCCUCUUGGCCUUCUCCCCUCGGGCGGGAGGCAGCGCCAGCGGGGGAGGAGGUUCUGCAGAGGAGGUGGUGCUGUUAGGGGACGAGGAGUUUCACGGACACGGAGAGCAGGUGAAGUUGGAUUGUAGCUUUGCGGGGCUGCUGGCGCCGCUCUACAAGGAUCGGCCCUUCUACGGCCCGGGGCUCGGGCUGGCUCACUCGGACUCGAUACGCCAUCAGUGGUCAGUGGAUGGAGAUGGAGAGAGGGGAGGGCACCAUGCUCGCUCUAUUGUCUCCUCCUCUAUCUCUGCUUUUACGCUCCCUGUUAUAAAACUCAACAACUGUGUUAUUGAUGAACCAGAGAUGGAGGUGAUUACUGAGGAGGACAGAGGAGGAGAGAGAAGAGAUGGAGAGAGGUCACAGCCUCUGAGCUCCAUGGAGUCUCUGGCGGUUCCUGUAGCAUCUGUUGCCAAGGCCUCCAAACCGCCCAGCUUGCACCGGAGUAACUCCGCCUCCUCCUCGUCCCACUGCUCCUCUGUCUCCUCUUCCUCACUCUCCCCUGCUCCCUCCUCUACCUCAGGCUGCUGGCUCUCCCCGGGAGCAGCAAGGAGCGACUUUGGCUCCAACUCCUCUCUGCACAUGCUCAGCAGCCACUCCAAAUCUCUGGACCUGGAGCGCGGGCCGAGCAUGCUCAGCGUGCAUCCGGAGCAGCGGAAGCACCCCAGCUGGCCCCGCCUCGACCGUAGCAACAGCAGCCGAAGUAACAGUGGCAACCGGGGCAGCAGCAAAGGCUACAUGCGGCUGGAGGACAGGGAAGAGCAAGGGGAGAGGCUGCUGGAUGUGUCAGUGUCUGCAGCAGCGAGGCGCGACUACAGUAAACGCGAGAAGCUGCUAAUGAUAUCCAGGUCGCAUAAUAAUCUGAGCUUUGAGCACGACGAGUUUAACAGCAGCACACUGAAGAGAGGCAGCUCUGAGACUCGAUUCUGAAGAUGCUUUGAAGACAGUUCUGUCCUGUUCUGUAAAUUGCUCUCCAGACAGUAUGAGUGUACAGUGUUCAUUACAGGGGGACCUGACGAGCCUAACAGCUGCGCCCUGGAGAACGAAAACUCAAGCGUAGUUUAAAAAACACUUUUUUGAGCAGCAGGCUGGAGAGUAGUGAGUGACGGACAAUCUUGCACAGUAAAAGGUUCAGGCCUCAUGUCAGCGAGACAAUGAAUGCCUACUGUAGCAGGUCCAGAGGUUCUGUUCUGUAGCCGACCCUGACCUGUGACCUCUGUGGAGGAAGGCAAGUGACAGGAGUACAACCAUACAGGGAUCAGUAAAGAUAAAUCACAUUACAUCAUCAGUCCGCUUUAUAUGAGAAUAUUUCUAAGAAAGUUUUAGCAGGAUCUCAGACAAGGCUUUAGGAUCGAUCCUGUUUCAUUACAAAAGGAUUUGAAAAUUGCUUGUGUGACAGGGUUUCACUCCAGCAGAUGCUGGUGAAAUCAAGGACACACUGGAAGUGCUUUGAACAAGUUUUCUCAGUGACAUAAAGGCGAAUCUUUUAUAACAGAGUCAAGGCCCAAACUUGAGAAAUGAGAAAGACCAGUUUCAUAUUGGAAGAGAAGAAGCUCCAAGACAAUAAUAACAUUAAUGAUUUUUGCCUAUAUAGCACCUUUAAAAACAAAGUUACAAAGUGCUUAAUAGGAUUGUAUAGAGAGACUAUGGCUGAUAAUAGGUAAUUUUCAACUAAUCUACCAGCCUUGAUACAAAAACAGAUAUGACAACUAAACUGAUCCAGACCCAGCUGGUAACUUAUUGCCAGGUAUAAACCUGGGUAAGAGCAUAAUACCGCAGCCAUAAGGCUCAUAAGUCCAAAAGAUAUAGAUAUAGUAUUUGUUUCCAAGGUGGUUACUGUAUGUUUGUGUCUGAUUCUCAGAUUGUAGUAGACACAGAGAUUGGGCCACACAAAGAGCAAGGUCAGACAAAGCCACAUACUUCAAUGUCAGCAGGCAACAGCGCAGAUUCGAGAGUCAAAUCGUGCUGCAAGCUUUCAAGAUCCAAUAACAGAGUCUGUGUUUUCCUGCUUACAAUAUUGCUGCGCUUUCUCUGGAACUACAGGAGGAAGUUUUUUAUGUCUGCUACUGAAAACUAAAGCAACAGUCUCUGUCAAUGGCUCUGCCGCAGGCAUUUUAAGUUUCUCACUAGGAAACAUGUUGAUUGACCUCACUCAGGAAAUGUAAUUUAUCUAUUCAUCAUGUUUGUCUAUUCAUAAACCUAUUCGGUGUCAGAGAAAACCCUAUUUGAACAUUUGUAGAUAUGAACAGAAGUCUGAUAAUUAAGUAAUGAUUAUUUUCAUGACCGAUCUGCCAGAGAGUCAAAGUGAUUGUUUACUAUUUCUAAAUAACAGUCAAAAUCCAAAGUUAUUUAAUUUGUAAAGAAAACAGUCACAUCUGAGGUAUUUCUAGUUUGAUAAGUGACUUGAACAAUUGGGCUAUCUGAAUUUGGACUGAUUAAUUUAACAACUCCUUUUUGGCUCUACACAAUUUAUCGAACAAUACCCGAGACAGAAAUCCAUCUAAAGCAAUGAGUGAUGUGCUGAUGUUGCACAUAAGCCGACAACAGACCACUAUGUACACUUAUCUUUAUAAAUCCAGAGACCUGUAACAGUGAUGAGAAAACAGCCGUGCUGUUUUCUGCCACAGUUCUCAUUUUCUAACAAAUGUUGCUUUUUACAUUUUUGCAAUAUUCACCAUGUGAUGAAGAUCGCAGGAUUGAAUUCAGGAAUUCAGCUGCUGAACAGCAGAGUAAUAAUGUCUCAGAAUAUUUUGUCAUUACAUUACCACAUGUUGAAAAGUUAUGUUUUGUUAAACUGGACAAGCCAAUAUGACGACUCCAUAUUGCGGUUUGAGGUUCUGUUAUGGUUUGUCAUUACCUUACAAAUGCUGUCAAAUUUAAUACGUGUGUAAAUGUGUUAGGAAUAUUCCCUCUGCUACUUUUAACGCAACACAUGUAAAGAGUAACACAUCUUGCUAUUCUGAAAUCUAACCUGAUGUGCGUUGAAAAAGGCAGAGUCCCUUGUAAGAGUACAGGAACCUUACCAGAGAGCUUCAGUAACUGGUUCCCACUAGUUUGUGGGUCAAUGUCCAAUUUAAUUCUCUCUGAAAAUAAAAUGUAUUUUCACUGAAA